CUUCCCCCGCCGCCCGCUCCCCAGUGCCGUAAGGGGGAUACGCUCGGGUGCGCGCAGGCGCCUGCUCUGUUCUGUUUGCCUCUCCUCCGGGGUUUCCCGCUGCGCUGCACCCGCUCGGCGGGAGACGUCUCGGUCGGGGUUCAUAAUGUUCAUCAGUGACCUUAAUUCAAUUAUAAGUAUCCUGGGAUAAGAAUUUCAUCUUUGAAGAUGCCCAGCAGACUGCGGACCUGCUUCUGGUGGGAGCAAAAUGCAGUGAUGGUGGAGGCAAUGGAUACUCAGCCUGUUCCAACUAACUACCCUCAGCAGCAGACUUGGUGACACUUGGAGAGGCACAGAAUUGUGCUUUACGAUAAGCACAAAACUGAUGUGAGGUCUACAGGAGAUGUCCUGGAGGUUUCUUGUGCUAAAUUUCAAUGGCGUUUGGAAGAUGAAGGAAUCCAGAUAUCAGUAACUAAUCAGAAAGUUCACUAAAACUUCUGUCUGCACACCAGUCCAGGCAAAGCAGCCCGUUCAUGAAAAACUUUGGACUCAGUCAAGUAAUCAAGCCUUCCUUGGUCAUGACAUCAUGGAAUUUGAGAACGAUAGCUCAGCUGAUAGCAGAGCCCUGGCUGGGAGCACAGAAAACACAUCCAAACAGACAAUUGCUUUCAGAGAUUUUACAUCUAUAAUUACAAGGAGCUCCUGUCUCUGACAUUGAAUUCCCAGCAAAGGAUGGAGAACAUCCUGGCUGGUUUGUGUGGGACCAGCCCAGAAGAUCCACUCCCCGUGUGGGUUCAUGGCAGUGUUGGCCAUUGCUUUAAUCAGCUGACAUUAAAUGUGAUUCCUCAUGCGAUCCUUGCAGUGGUCAGUGCCUGCUUCCUUGGCACUCCAAGAUCUGGCUCCAGGGUGCCUUGCAGGCCAGGCUGGGCAUGCAGGAUCGCCGCCUCCUUCAUACUUGCUGGCCUAUUUCUUGCCGAUACCAUCCCAGCCACCAUUUCUCAGCAGGAUCUAGGCCCUGUGUACCUCGAAGCUCUGGCAAAUGGCACUGCCACGCUGACGUGGCUCACACACGGCCUCGCUCUUCUCAUGCUCUUCAGGUCCGUUCAGGGCUCUACCAGAGGCCCUGCGACCCUGGCUCUCCUCACUGUCUUACCACUACCUUCCUUCGUCAUCACGCUGGUGUGGUACUGCCAAAGUGGGAUGGCUUGGUCCCCUGCCCACCCUGCUGCCUCCUCCAGGUUUGCCAUUCUCUGCCUGCAGCUGGCCUCUCUGUUUGUGUAUGUGAUCAGCUACCUCUUACCCACCAUUGAUAGGCAAGACUUCCUCUCCAUCAAUCACUCCUGGCAAGAAGACCGGCUCAUCUCAGAGCCAGGGAUCCCAGUGCCUGAUCAGCAUGGAGUGGCAGAAGAUGGUGAGAGCUGGCUCUCACGCUUCUUUUAUGUGUGGAUGAACCCUCUCAUGAAACGUGGCUAUCAGUGGAAGCUGAACCAGCCGCAGGAUGUCUAUGUGCUUCCUCGCAAGCUCCAGGCUGCCAGGGUCUGUGAUCAGUUCUAUGCUUGCUGGAAGAAGGCAGCUCUGCACCAAGUAGAGGAGGAGACAGUGUCUCUUACUAGCCCAAUCAUUGCUGGAGGCGAUGGGAGUAGCAAUGCCCCAGACAGCUCACACCAUGCCCAGGAGGCCGUGCGACUCAUCUCCGUCCUUCAUGUGGCCUUUGGGCUUCGUUUUUACUCUCUUGGACUUCUCAAGCUGGCCGGCAGCCUGCUGGGUUUCUCGGGUCCUCUGCUUCUAAACCUGCUGGUGAACUUCAUGGAGUCACAGCAGGAGCCCCUGAGCCACGGGGUGCUCUAUGCCCUCGGGCUCUUUGCUGGCUCCUUCCUGGGUGCUCUCUUGCGGAACCAGUUCAGCUAUGAGGUGAACAAGGUGACGCUGAUGGUUCGGGCCGCCAUCAUCUCUGCCAUCUACCGCAAGGCCCUGCGUGUUGGCAGCACCAGCCUUACCCGCUUCACUGUGGGCGAAAUUGUCAACUUCAUGAGCACAGACACCAAUAGGUUGGUCAACUUCUGCCUCAGCUUCCAUGAGGUGUGGAGCCUGCCUUUCCAGUUUGCCAUUACCCUCUACCUCCUCUACCAGCAAGUGGGGGUAGCCUUUCUGGGAGGCUUGGCCCUGGCACUGCUGCUCGUGCCCAUCAACAAGGUCAUAGCUAACCGCAUCAUGAUGAACAACAAGGAGAUGCUGAAACACAAGGACACACGGGUCAAGCUAAUGACAGAGUUCCUAUGUGGCAUUCGUGUGAUCAAGUUUUACGCCUGGGAGAAGCACUUCAGCACCAGGAUAAAUGCCUGCCGGGAUAAAGAGUUGCAGAAGUUACGAGCCAUCAAGUACUUGGAUGCUCUGUGUGUGUAUCUGUGGGCAGCACUGCCUGUUGUUGUCUCCAUUACCAUCUUCAUCACCUACGUACUGUUGGGUCACCAGCUCACUGCCACAAAGCUCUUCAGGCUCUCGCUGGUGAAGCUGUUUGGAGAAUACAAGGUGCAAGGGAGGUACUGCCUCCAACUCGUGGCUGUUUCCUUACCCAUGCAGGUAUUCACAGCACUGGCCCUUGUCGGGAUGCUUAUUCUCCCCCUCAACAGUUUCCCAUGGGUGUUGAAUGGGACCUUGGAAGCCAAAGUUUCCCUGGAUCGAAUCCAACGUUUCCUUGAACUCAUGGACCAGGACCUGGAAGCUUAUUAUGCCCUAGACAGCCCUUCAGGUACUGCUACUGCUGUGGAGAUGCAAUGUGCAGCCUUCUCAUGGGCGCCAGUUGAGGAGGAAAGCACCAGGCAGCCUUUAUCCACAGGCACUCUGCAACUGCACAUUGGGAACCUGUCAGUGAGAAAGGGGAUGCUCCUGGGGGUUGUUGGGAAGGUUGGCUCUGGCAAAAGCUCUCUGCUUGCAGCCAUCACUGGAGAGCUCAUUAAACAAGGUGGACGAGUGUAUGUUUGUGACCUGGAGCGAGGAUUUGGUCUGGCCACACAGGAGCCUUGGAUACAGUUUACCACCGUCCGUGAGAACAUCCUUUUUGGGCGGGAAUAUGAUGCCAGGCUGUACAAGGAGGUGGUGGAGGCUUGUGCCCUCUCUGAGGACCUGAACAUUUUACCAGCAGGUGACCAGACAGAGGUGGGUGAAAAUGGCGUGACACUCAGUGGGGGACAGAAGGCUCGAAUAGCCCUUGCCAGAGCCAUUUACCAGGAGAAAGAGCUUUACCUCCUUGAUGAUCCCCUGGCUGCUGUUGAUGCAGAUGUAGCCAACCAUCUUAUGCGGAAAUGCAUUCUCGGAGUUCUCAAACACAAGACCAGGAUCCUUUGCACCCACAGGACGGAGUUUUUGGAGAAGGCUGAUGCCUUGUUGUUGAUAGACAAUGGCAGGAUAGUUAAGACAGGCACACCGGCUGAUAUCCUGCCACUCGUGGAAGCCUUCCCCAAGUGCAAGGAUAUGGACAAGAGGCGGAAGGAUAAAGCCCCUGAUGAACAGGGCCAAGAAGAGGCCGUAGAGACAGAGGCAGAAGAAUCAACCCAAAACAAUCAUCUCAUCCACAGGGAGGAAGAGAAGAAAGAAGGGGCAGUGGCUUUUCAGGUGUACAAGGCAUAUUGGCUGGCAGUGGGCAGCUGCUUGGCAUUAUCCAUCCUCUUCUCGCUGCUCCUGAUGCAAGCAUCCAGAAAUAUCUCAGAUUGGUGGCUGUCACACUGGAUCUCCAGCAUAUCCCAGACAGCAAAUAGCUCUGUGAUGAUCUGCUCAGCUUCCCCACCUUCCCCAGAGCUGCUUCUCUUCUCCGUUGUUGGGCUUGUCUCCCCCAUUCAAGCUCUGGACACCACCCCAGUUCCUUCCAAUAGUUCACUGGAUGUGAAUUUCUACCUGAUAGUUUAUGGGAGCAUUGCAGGGGCCAACUCCCUCUUCACGAUUCUUCGGGCCUUCCUCUUUGCUUACGGCACUAUCCGUGCUGCCACUGUCAUUCACAACCAACUGCUUCAGAGGGCUCUGAAGGCCACAGUCACCUUCUUUGACACCACACCAACAGGCCGGAUCCUGAACCGCUUCUCCUCAGACCUGUACUGUGUGGAUGACAGCCUGCCAUUUAUCCUCAACAUCUUCCUGGCCAACAUGUAUGGGCUACUGGGCAUGCUGGUGAUAAUCACCUAUGGCCUCCCUUGGAUUGGUCUUGUGUUACUCCCUCUGGGUGCCCUCUACUUCUCCAUCCAGCGCUAUUACCGGCGCACGUCCCGGGAGCUCAAGCGCCUUUACAGUGUCACUCUGUCUCCCAUUUACACUCACUUCUCAGAGACCCUCUCAGGACUGAGCAGCAUCAGAGCCAUGCGGGCAACACAGAGGUUUGAGUUGGAGAAUCAGCUGCGCCUGGAGCAGAACCAGCGCUGCCUCUUUGCCAGCAACACAGCGAUGCAGUGGCUGGACAUCCGCUUGCAGAUGAUUGGGGUUGCUGUGGUUACCGCUAUUGCAGGAAUUGCCAUCAUCCAGCACCAGAAGCAACUGGGAAAUCCAGGACUUGUGGGCUUAGCGCUCUCAUAUGCCCUGUCUGUCACAAACCUGCUCUCAGGCCUCAUAUCCAGCUUCACUCUGACAGAGACCAUGAUGGUGAGUGUGGAGCGGACAGAGGAAUACACCACAGACAUCCCCACAGAGCCCCAGGAUAAACUGGUCCAGGUUGCUGCUGACUGGCCAAGCCAGGGGCUUGUGGAGUUCCAGCAAGUGGUCCUGGCCUACCGAGUGGGCCUGCCUAAUGCACUUGAUGGUGUGAACUUCACUGUUUAUCCUGGAGAGAAGGUGGGGAUUGUGGGUCGCACAGGAUCUGGAAAAUCCACCCUUUUCUUGGCCCUUUUCCGCAUGCUGGAGCUGAAAUCAGGCCGUAUUCUCCUGGAUGGUGUUGACAGCCAGCUGGUGGGCUUGGAGGAGCUGAGAUCUAGGUUGGCUAUCAUCCCCCAGGAUCCGUUUUUGUUCAGUGGUUCAAUCCGAGAGAACCUGGACCCCCAGGGAAAACGAACAGAUGCUGAGCUCCACGAGGUGUUAGAGCAGUGCCACCUGCGGGACGCCAUUACUCAGAUGGGUGGAUUGGACAGCGAGCUGGGAGAGAGGGGAAAGAGUCUGUCAGUGGGACAGAGGCAGCUGGUGUGUCUGGCGAGAGCUCUCCUGACGCAGGCCAAGGUGCUCUGCAUUGAUGAGGCCACAGCAAGCGUGGAUCAGAAGACAGACCAGCUGCUGCAGCAGACAAUCCGCCAGCGCUUCGCUGACAAAACUGUUUUGACGAUUGCUCACAGGCUCAACACCAUCUUGGACUCAGACCGUGUGCUGGUGAUGCAAGCUGGGAAAGUGGCAGAGCUGGAUUCACCCGCCCGCCUAAGCCAGAAAGAUGGCUCCUUGUUCCAGCGCCUCCUGCACAGCGGGCAGCAGUGACCUCUCCUGGGCUGGGCCCAGGCAGCCCUCCUGGCUCUGUGGCUGGCUUUCUUUUCCCCUCAGCUGCCAGCACUGUCCCUGCAGGGCCAGGAGUUGCUGAGGUGAGGGAAGGGGUUAUUACUGCCCGCAGGCAGCAAUUGUGUGUCCUCAGGGACAGGAGCAUGGCACUGCGGCCCUGCCUUCAGUAGGGGAGAUGGGACCUGGUAUUUAGGGCCGUGCAAGCCUGGCUGGUGGGAUACUGCUCCCCUCCAAGGCUCUCCUUUGAGAUUACAAAGGGCUUUUCUGUUCACUGAAGAAUCAGUGACUCCUAGUCUGAGACUGUCUUACAUGUGCAAUUUAAAAUAAAGUGGAAACAUCCUUGU